CUGCUGCUGAUGUCAAGACCGGGAAACAGAGUCGCCUCUAUCUCCCGCGGCGGCAGACCCGAUAGGGCGCUAUUGCUCAUUGGCAGCAGCGGCACCGUCACCGUGGCCAACUCUGCCUCCCCCGCUGCCGUGCUGCUGCUGUUGUUGUGUCGUUGUGGCGGCGCGUGGUAGCGGUGCGGGGUGGCCGCACGCCCGCCCGAGACACGAGCACGACUCCUCGUGUCGUGCGCGCUCCUCGCCCCGGCCGGCCAGACGAGGAGCUGUUUGAGAUUGCGCGCGUGUAGCAGCCCCUCGUGCUGUGCGCGCGGUACCAGCCGGCUGGUGGCCGUGGUGGUUCCGAGUCUGCACUUCUCUACGACUACAUUGAUUCGUCAUCCGGAUUAGAUUUCGCUUUCGUCCGCUGUCGGUCGCCCGCUGACUGCAGUGGCUGUGGACUGCCGCGACUGCCGCGUGGUGGAUCGCACCGAUACAGUCCAUGGGCCGUGGUUUUGGAAUAUGCGGUAGGAGAUUGAGACUCGCUUAAGCUCGGGCAUGGUGCUUGGAGCGCAGCAGCUGCAGCAGCAGCAGUGGCGGUAGGGAUUUAGCGGAUUUGUACCCGCACUGAGCCACUGUUCUCCGCGUGUGCGCAGCAGCAACAUCACCAUCAUCCGGAGCAGCAGCCACAGCAUCCUCAUCAUUCGUGGCAGCAGGAGUAGCGACAUCAGCAGGAGCAUAAUCAGGAGCAGCAUCAUUAGUCGCAGCAGUAGCAGCAAUAUCAACAUCAGAAGCACCGUCAGUCGCAACAGCAUAUCAUCAUCUCUAGCACCAGCAGCAUCGUCAGUCAUCGUUAUUAGUCGCCACAGGAGCAGAACACAUCAGCAGCAUCAUCAAUCUCAGCAGCGCCAUCAGUAGCAUCGUCAGUAGCAUCGUCAUAUUUAGGAGCAGCAGCAACAUCAGCAGCAUCAGUAACAGCAGCAUCAGUAGCAGCAUCGUCGGUAUCAGUAGCACCAUCAGUAGCAUCGUUAGUAGCAUCAUCAGCCUCACGACAGAAGGGGCCGCAGCGUGUAUAAGGUGUGUGUGUGUGCACGGUGUGUGUGUGCACGGUGUGUGUGUGCGCACUGUGUGUGUGUGUUCCUGGGGAGUGCGUCCCGCCCGGACCUCUCCCUGUGUUGUUUUUGGCCACGCUUUGCUAUUUCAAUAAUUCAGGCGCUACUGCUGCCUGCGCUCGCCGUACAACGUACUGCGAAUACGAGAGUGUGUGUGUCUAUGAGAGAGUGUGUGUAUAUGUCUAUGAGAGUGUAUGUCUAUGAGAGCGUGUUUGUAUCUAUGAGAGUGUGUGUCUAUGAGAGUGUGUGUGUCUAUGAGUGUGUGUGUGUGUGUCUAUGAAAGCACGUGUGUGUGUCUAUGAGAGUGUGUGUAUGUCUAUUAGAGUGUGUGUGUCUAACAACCGCCAUUCGCCACCCAGUGGCGGUGACGUCACCACGGCGCUUGUGCCAGGCGAUGUGCACGUUAAAGCCACGUGAAGUGUCGAACACCCGCUGGCAGGUCACAGGGCAGACCCAGGUGUCAUGGGUCGACUGACGGUUGUUGUGUGUCUAUGAGUGUGUGUGUGUGUGUCUAUGAGAGUGUUAGGGUCUCUAUGAGAGUGUGUGUGUGUCUAUGAGAGUGUGUGUGUUUCUAUUGGAGGGAGCGGUAGUGUAGUAGUUAUCACGCUGCGCUACGAACCUGGCGACCCGGGGUUCGGUUCCCGCUCACGGCCAACGCCAGUGACGAUUAUCUGAAUCGGUCCUGAGCCUCCCCUAGAUCGACUCAGCCACUAGGAAGACAAAGGCGGCCGGGCGUAGGGUUGGCCACCCACCCCCUCGUGUGCUGUGCCAGCCUUCAUAGGUUCUCGCUAACAGCACUUGCCCCAACAGUCUGUUACAGGCUAUACGGGGGGUCUUUGUGUGUCUACGAGAGAGUGUGUGUUUUGUAUAUUUCACAGUUUUUUUUCUCUCCGAGUGCAACGGUUGACCCUACAUGCUGCACGGGCAUUAGCACUAUUUCGGUAGCAAAGUUAUCUUUUUUUGUUCUUAGAAUUGUCCGGGUUUUUAUUUGCAGCGAUGUGUUUCGUGUGUGUGACUUACAUUUUUACGUCCGCCACUGCGCUAUUUAAACCUCGAUGGCUUCGUGCUCAAUAGAAUUGGGCCGGCGUACGUAAUUGCAUCGUAAUCAUCGUCAUUCAUCCCGAUGUCGGUCGUUGAGGCGGUGGUGGCGGUGGUAGCCGCGCUAUAAAAGUGGGAAACGCCAGCUGCCUUUGCCCCUCGGCAUCCCGUGGCCAUGGACUGCGGUUGAGGUGGGCCCCCCUCUCACCCCCCCACCACCCAAUCCAACCCGCCUCUCUCUCUCUCGUGGCUUUGCCACGGAUAACUCAAUUCCGAAGAGCGGGCUCCGGGCCGGCCACAUGUGCUUCGCGUCGAGGCGAGUAUCGAUGCGGGCGAGGCGACAAGCGAACGGCAUGGUCCUUCUGCUCGCGACGCACCUCGCGGCGGCCAACAUGAGCGGUGGCGGUGGCGGUGGCAGCAGCAGCAUCGACCCUCCUCCCGGGAAGUGCCCGCAGCGCCAACUCGGUGUGCCCCUACCCACUGCGCAUAACAAGAGGAGGCAUCGCCACGUCGUCAGCGGCGGCGGAGGAGGAGGGGGGACAGGCGGCGGACAUCACCACCACCACCGCGAUGCGCCGGCGAUGGUGGCUUGCGCGGGCUGCCAGAACGAGUGGGCGGCUUCGUUCCCCAGCACCCCCUCCUCGGAGCAGCUCGGCGCAAAGAAAUGCGGUGGAGCGAGUGGAGCUGGUGGUGGUGCUGGUGGUGCUGGCGGCGGCGGUGGCGGUGGAGCUGGCAAGACGCAGCACGCGGCCGACACGUGCUCGCUCAGCAGCAGCGACAGCAGCAGCCACUCACCGCUGUGCCGCAUCUGCUUCCAGGGCCAGGAGCAGGGCGAGCUCCUGAGUCCCUGCCGAUGCAAUGGAUCCGUGCGCUGCACCCACCAGCCGUGCCUCGUCAAGUGGAUCAGCGAGCGCGGCUCCUGGUCCUGCGAGCUCUGCUACUACAAAUACCAGGUCAUCCCCAUCAGCACCAAGAACCCGCUGCAGUGGCAAGCCAUCUCGCUGACCAUGAUCGAGAAGGUGCAGAUAGCGGCGGUCAUCCUGGGCUGCCUCUUCCUUGUGGCGAGCAUCCUGUGGCUCGUGUGGUCAGCAUUCAGCACCUCGGCCCGCUGGCAGCGCCAGGACAUGCUCUUCCAGAUCUGCUACGGCAUGUACGGCUUCAUGGACCUCGUGUGCAUUGGCCUGAUCAUCCACGAGGGGCCAGCAAUAUAUCGCAUCUUCAAGCGCUGGCGAGCCGUAAACCAGCGGUGGAAAGUGCUCAACUACGACAAGAUCAGGGACAAGUCGGACACGGCAGGCUCCACGACCACGACGACAGUGACGGCUGCGACGACGAUAUCCUCAACCGCGACGGCAGCAGCGACGGCAACCACGACCCCGGCAUUGGCAGCGGUAGCCACGGCCGUGGCCACCCGAGCCACGAGCACGACAGCGGCGGUGGCGAACGGAGCGCAAGGAAGCACCCCGUCGGCUCCUUCCUUCCUGCGCCAGAGGAUUCGCGUCCUCGGAGCCUUCUCGGGUCCUUUCGGAUUCCACCACCACCACCACCAUGGCGCGCCACAACACUAUGGCCACCACCAACGGCGAGGGCACCACCAUCUCCACCACCACCACCUGCACCACCACCACCUCCUCCACCACCAUCACCACCUCCUCCACCACCACCACCACCGGAGCGGCCCGCGUCUCGGCCUGGGCCUCGGGCCGGGCAUGAGCGCAGGCCACGGCCGCUGCGCCCACCCACUGCUGCAGAUGCUACAGAGGCUGCGGCAGUGCAACCGGGGGGGUGGGGGGGACCGGGGCGCCCGCGCCCGUCGCGAGCUCGUCAUGAGGGUCACCACUGUGUAGCCACCGCCGCCUCACACGCGGCUGAGGGCCCGCUGGCUGAUCGCCUAUAAGGUGGGGGGGGCUGACUUCGCAGGAAGGGCAUGCUGGUGGCCGCCACUGUGGACCGAAGUUCCGCAGUCACUCCAGAGUGAACGUUUGAGGUGGUGUAAGCGCGGGUUGAGAGCAUUGGUAGCGUGGUGGCUUGCGUGGGCUCAGCGGCUAAGCCACCAUGCCGAGACACCACCACCACUCACUAAGAUCAGGGGUUGAAUUCCAGGCUCCUACUCGAAACAAAGUUGGAUUGUCCUUUGUGGUAGUUUCAGUCAUUGCCAAAAAUAGGUCCCGGAUGUGCACAUGUGCAGCACACGAGACGGUGCAUGCGCGUUUGCACCCAACCCGAGCAUAAUGAAAACCCGCAGGAAUGCCGGAUAUGUGGCUGCCAGCAGGAGAGGAGCCACCAAUUAGCACGCUUUAGCUAUGUAAGGUGCGAAAGAAGUUAAAACGUGCGUGCGUAAUUACAGAGGCUCAUCGGAGAAAGUGGCUUCUGUGGUGUCUCUGUGGUGCAAGGGUGUUUCUGGUUAUGCUUCGUGAUCUCCGGACGGUUCCAGAAACAGAUUCCUUCACUUCAUGCGGUGAUGUCAGCCCGUGGGAAUGGUACAGCGUGGGUGACCUGUAGGCCACAAUUUACACGCGACACAAUUAUUUAAAUGAUGGAAAGGUGUGACGCUAUUAACGAUAUUGGUCGUGAUGACCUCUUGAACUUGAUUUGACCCAUUAAAUAUGUACACUGAAAGGAGACUAUGUAAUGGUUUACAUUAAUAUUGCAAAAAAGGAUAAACCAAUACUUGCAAAAAGGUACUUUUGUUGAUUAUAUGAAAAGACACGACAUUUAAGGCAUAUCGCUACUGCUGUGCACGGGAUUGUGGGUCACCACUACAGCUACAUGGCUGUCCAGGUUUUAUGUGCAUAGUGGGCAAGUGGAUUGUUUACCCACACAUAAUGGAAAUGCAUUGAUUGUCAAAUUCCUGAACACGUUUGCAUAUACCACAGACAGCCCGUUCACAGAGAGUAUUUGUUGCAAAAAAACAAAAAUGUUCAGGCACAGAAAAGAGGAUAACGAUCUGCUCAACCCGAGCUAUUCACACUUUUAUGUUUCCAUUGUCCUUGUACUGCUCACCCUUUGGUGGCCUUCGUUCUAAAGCACUGGAGGUGAGACGAAGCCAUAGAGGAGGCUGUCUCUGGUGUAGGCCAAUCAGUUUCAAGGGCAAUGCUUACAUUGUUCCUGUUCCUGGGUAGUAAGUGUUAUUUCCUAAUUUGCAUAUGCCUAAAAAGUACAAAAAAUGGCUAUUAUUCCCCACAAAUUUUGCUUUUGUGACCAGAACAAUGAUAUUUUGAAAUGUACCUAUUUUAAUGAGAAAACGGGCAAAUUUGAGUAUUUUCAUUCACAUAAAGUAAAAAAAAAACAUAUGAAUCAAAAUGAACAUUUACUCAUUCUAAAGUAAUAAAAAAAUUACUACAAAAGAUUUAAAAGUGAGUUGUUUUUCGAGAUUUACGAUUAUACUCUAAAUCACUUUCAAGAAUCAGUCCCCAAAUGUAGUCUCCCAUCAUGUUCUCGUUAUACUGUCGUUGGUAGCAGCGUUCAAAGUCCAGUAUAUCCUGGUGGAAGCGCUCGCCUUGCUCCUCCGAGUACGCUCCCAUGUUCUGCUUGAAUUUAUCAAGAUGAGCAUCAAAGAUAUGGACUUUGAGGGACAUCCUACAGCCCAAUAUGCCGUAGUUCUUCACCAGUCUCAACCAGCUCCACAUCGUUUUCGACCUUGUGAUUGCCCAGGAAGCCACGAACCACUGCGACAAAGCUGUUCCAAGCCGCUUUCUCCUUACUAGUGAGCUUCUUGGGGAAUUCAUUGCAUUCCAGGAUCUUUUGUAUCUGUGGUCCGACGAAGACACUGGCUUUGACCUUUGCCUCAGACAGCUUAGGGAAGAAGUCUUGAAGGUACUUUGAGGCUGCUGACUCCUUAUCUACAGCUCUGACAAAUUGUUUCAUAAUACCCAAGUUGAUGUACAGCAAUGGCAUCAGCACCACUGGCUCCCACUUGAUGUUGUUCCUCCCCACAGAGAACUCAGUCCGCUGUGGCCAGUCCCGCCUGUGGUAGUGCACCUUGGUGUCCCUGCUAUCCCAAAGGCAAAGAUAGCAGGGAAACUUGGUAAAACCGCCUUGGAGACCCAUCAGGAAUGCCACAAUUUCAAAGUCUCCGAUAACCUCCCAGCCGUACUCAUCAUACUUCAAGGCGUCCAGCAGGGUCUUGAUGCUGUUAUAAUCCUCUUUGAGGUACACUGAGUGAGCCAGGGGAAUUGACGGGUACUUUUUACCAUUAUGGAGAAGCACGGCUUUGAGGCUCCUGGAUGAGCUGUCAAUGAAGAGACGCCACUCAUUCUGGUUACAGGUCAUUCCGAUUGCCUCGAACAGACUGGUCACAUUAUGGCAGAAGCAGAGCCCAUCUUGACAGGUGAAGAAGCUGCAAAAAGAUUGGUGACACUUCCUCUGAUCUGCAACUUGCACACUUUCAUCCGACAAGUUCCACGGCUUGAGCCUAGAUGUCAAAACCUCAGCAUUGAACUUGGUGAGACCAAAAUCUCUGAUCAAGUCGUUGAGGUAUUUUUGGUUGGG